AUGGCGGUCCCACGAACAUCUCAGUUUCUAGACCCAACAUCUGCCAUGGCGACACUUACCAAACAAAAGGCAGAGUCCAUCAAACUCGCAAGAGAGCAAGCUGCUGCAGUUCAUGAGAUGUGUCGACGUGCAAAAACCGAAGUGCCGCCAUACGAAUUCGAGGAACUCAUUGGUAAAGGUGCUUAUGGACGCGUCUACAAAGGUCGUCAACUACCUUCACGAGAUUUGGUAGCUAUCAAGGUCAUGGAUAUUGAUACAUUGGACUACAAGAUGAAUCGUGAUAUGAAGGAUGAAUCGAUCAAAGAUUUUAUCCACGAGAUCAAGGCCAUGAACCAGGCUAAGGAAGCUGGGGCACAGAAUAUCAACAAGCUCAUUGAAGCUAUUUCCAUUCAUUCUCAGUUGUGGGUGGUUUGCGAGUACUGCCCAGGAGGUAGUGUAAAGACAUUAAUGCGUGCAACGGGAGACAAGCUUGAAGAAAAGUUCAUCAUUCCCAUUGCUCGUGAACUUGCCAGCGGUCUUCGCGCAAUCCACGACGCAGGAAUUAUCCACCGUGAUGUGAAGGCUGCGAAUAUUCUCAUCCACGAAGAGGGUCGUUUGCAAAUUUGCGAUUUUGGCGUUGCUGGUAUUCUGCAAUCCAAGGUCGACAAACGAUCUACCUGGAUUGGUACUCCUCACUGGAUGCCUCCCGAGAUGUUCUCGACGCGUGGUGGCGAAGCGCAUCAAUACGGCAGCGAACUGGAUGUCUGGGCAUACGGUUGUACCCUAUACGAAUUUGCAACUGGUAACCCGCCCAAUGCUGGGCUCCGAGAACGCAUGCAGAUUGGACGUUCUCUAGGACGCAGCACUCCCAAACUUGAAGGCGAUCAAUAUAGCCAGGAACUUAAGAACAUCGUCGCUUUCAGCUUGAACUCAGAUCCCGCCACACGCCCGACCAUGGCUAUCAUUCUCAAUCACCCUUACAUUGCAGGUUCUGAGGCUGACUAUCCAACCAAGUCCUUAAGCGAGCUGGUACGAAACUACUAUCAGUGGUCUCAGCGCGGCGGCCAACGCAUGUCUCUUUUCCAUCCCGGUGGCGCUGCUGCUGCUGAAUUCCCAGAUAGUUCCUCGAUUGAAGAAGACUGGAACUUCAGUACCACCGAUGGAUUUGAACGUCGCUACUCUGUGCUCGACUUGGACCAGCUUUCUGCCUCUCUUGCCGAGCUCGCUGGAGAUGAGCCUUCUUUCCCGCAGAAUCCUGAGCCUUCUAUGGAUGAUAUGGCUAUUAGCGAAAUGACCCCGAUUGAAAAGGCGAACUUUGACGAGCGCGUGAAACGAGGUGCUGCGGCCAUGGAAGGUCUUUUUGAUGAUCAGAAACCUACGUACAAAUACGAAACGAAGAACGACUUCAUCCCGAUCGAAGAAAAGCAAACACCGUCGGACUUGCCACUUCGUACUACUACCGAUCGCUCGUCCGUCACCUCGACGUUCAUUGACAUUAACUUGGGCUCUUUUGAUUCUGCUCACUAUGCUGCUGGCACUGCCUCCCAGUUCCAGCUCGCGGACGCUGAUACAAUACGUGCUAAUCGAUCAAGCUUACGCUCUGGACGCAACUCGGACGGUGAUCAAACACGCAACCGCUACAGUGAAGUUGAAAAUGCAAAUGAUAAUUUUCAAACCAGCGCACCCCGUCCGCCUACUAUGGACUGGAAGUUUCCCACUAUGGUUGUCCCUGAGGAUAGUGAGCCAGAAAUGUCACCUGCACACGUUCCAGAUCCUGAGCCAUUUAUUUCCCCAGCCGAGGAAAAGCGGGCUACUCGUGACUGGAAGUUUCCUGUUAUGACCGGCGCCACGAACGACGAGAUGCCUAUCCCAGAAAAGGACAAUAUUUACACGUACGACGAGACCCCAGCUCAUACUAUUCGUCCUUCGAAUGUGCAGACUCAUCAGUCUCACCUUUCCCAUCAAUCUCAACAAUCGACCCUUGACCUUAGCAUUGGCCACAUCAACAAUAAUCUGAGCGUUGAUGGUAUCGAUGUGGCAGCUAUUGCUCGUCCGUCGACAGCUGCAUCAACACUCAGCGACUACGACCCAUUCCGAUUUGACCGAAGCCCUGAUGGUUCUCAACGCACUCAUCACCGUAUGGCUUCCAAAGCACCCUCUUUACUCAGCAUUUCCAGCCUCGACGAAGGUCCUGGUCCGGAUCAUGAGGAUGAUGUAAUUGCUGAAGAUGGACCGGGGCCCGAUCACGAAGAUAUCCCUGAGCUUACCCCCAGCGCUACUACGGCUACGUCGAUGACUGCUCAAAUGGAACUCUCACAGAAUGGUCAACGAGCUGGUUCUUUGUCUUCAUCUCGCGAUAUGAGCCGCCCAACAAGUCAGACUCUGCAAUUCCCAGACGUUCGAUUCCCGAGUGCUGAGUCUUUAAUGGAGGGAGCAUCGGAAGAGGUUGUCACAGGAGAGUUGGAUCGUUUGAUUGAUGACUUCAUGCAAGCAUGUUAUACGACGAUUGAUAUAGUAGAGAAUAUAGAAUAA